AUGAAAUUGGCGAUCGUUACUGGUGCAAAUAAAGGCAUCGGCCAUGGAAUUGUGGAGCGUCUUGUAAAGUGUCUGACGCCGCAAUCAGAUUGGCAUGUCUACCUCACUGCUCGCAAUGUGUCCCUAGGCAACGCAGCUGUUGAGGACUUCGCCAACCAGAGUCUCCCUGUAAAGUUCCACCAGCUCGACAUCACAGAUAGGACGAGCCGUGACAAGUUUGCUGACUACAUCAAAUCGACUUACUCCGAAGGCAUCAACAUCCUUGUCAACAACGCGGGUAUCAAAUAUGCAAAUGAUUCCACCGUUCCUUUCAGUGAACAAGCGAAAGUCACCCUUGCUACUAAUUACUUUGCUACUGUGGAAAUGUGCAAUACAUUUUUGCCCCUGAUGGCCAAACAUUCCCGUCUGGUCAAUGUUUCUAGCAUGUUCUCCAUAAUGGCCCUCAAGGAACUUAGCGAUGAGCUUUACGAGAAGUUUGUGAAUCCAAUGACAAUGGAUCAGCUCGAUGAGCUCAUGCGUGACUUUAUAAAACGAGCAGAAUCGGACGAUUUGGCGUCUGCUGGCUGGUGGAGAUCGGCUUACGGUGUCUCCAAACUCGGCCUCACGAAAGCCACUUUUAUCCUUGCCGAACAGUUGAAAGACGAUCCACGCAGAAUUCUCAUCAAUGUGGUUAGUAUUAUUAUUCAGAAGCUAUUUAAACGCCUUUAUGCCUAG